CGACUAUCUCUUCCUCUUAUUACUUUCAAACACAAAACUAGUAGUGUCUCUAGAUAAGAAAAUUAAAAUCUGAUAGACGUCUUGACAAUGAACGUUGUCCGCUCCACGCUGAGUACUUGGCGGGACCGUCUCGCUCCGAUAUCUCACACCUCCACCUUCCGCUCCACCGGUCAGAUCACGCCUGAAGAAUUCGUCCUCGCAGGCGAUUAUCUAGUGUAUAAGUUUCCCACAUGGUCGUGGGAGGACGCUGUGUCGCCGGCAAAGCGAGCGCCGCAUCUACCACCUGGAAAGCAGUUCCUAGUUACCCGCGGGGUACCAUGCCAUCGUCGGCUCGAUGAUAACUUUGCCGGAGAUGCUGGUCGGGAAGAUGUAAUGGUUACAGAUGGUUUAAGUGGUGGUGCUGGAAGUGGUGGUGGGAGUGGUGGUGAUGACGAUGAUGGGUGGUUGAGAGCCGGAGGUGGAAUGUCAGAUAGUCAUGAGGCAAGGAUUAAGGACGUGCGGACCGUGGAUGAAGCGGGGAAUAUUGGGGAGAGAGAGGAGGAGGAUGAGGAGAUUCCGGAUAUGGAAGAUGACGACGAUGAUGAAGAGGCUAUUAUAAGGGACCCGGUGGGGAAGGCUGGGACUGAAUCGCCCCUCCGCACCUACACCCUCUACAUAACCUAUAGCCCAUACUACCGAACCCCCCGUCUCUACCUCUCCGGCUACAUAUCUCCAUCUGAACCCCUCGCCCCGCACCUCAUGAUGGAAGACAUAGUCGGCGACUACAAAGACAAAACCGUCACUCUAGAGGACUUCCCCUUCUUCGACGGUGGCGUAAAAAUGGCCAGUGUGCAUCCAUGUCGCCACGCAAGCGUGAUGAAAGUCCUCCUCGAUCGCGCAGACGCGGCUCUAAAGCUCCGCCGCCAAAAAUUGAAAAAUGCUAUCUCGGCGGAAGACGCAACCCGAACUGUGCCCUCGAAAGUUGAGAGUGGAUUGGAGGGUCUAGUGGAUGAUACGGCCCGUCUGACACUUUCUCCCGAACCCCCACUGCAGCAACAGCAACAUCCACUGCAGCCUUCAGGCGGCAAUGCUGGCGAUGAGUGGGAGGUGUUGCAGCACGAGGGUGGUGAAGAGGCUGAAGAGCAGCGUGUGGCCAUACGGGUGGAUCAGUAUUUGGUCGUAUUCUUGAAGUUUAUUGCGAGCGUGACCCCAGGCAUUGAGCAUGAUUUUACGAUGGGCGUUUAGGCGGCAGAUAUAGCGGAUCAUUUCGGUGUUUGGAAUUCAUUUGUUGAUAGUUAUGAUAUGAGGGAUGAAUUAAUGGAUGAAUGGAUCGAUGGACUGUUUCUUUUCUCAACGUAGGAACUCGUCCACUCUAGGAACAACUAAUUCUGCUUCGCUUCCUUCGCGUAUCUUAAAUCGACUUUUCUUUCCGUUUCUUCUCUUUUGGGA